UAAAGACAGCCCCUACUAUAUCACUUCGUUAGUAGGGUCUGAAGAACUCUCAUAAGGGUCAAUCUCUGAGUGAACUUUCUGUUAGCCAAUGAAAUCGCGGUUUCCGAAUUCUUGCCUGGUUAAUGGCUGGUUAGUCGGAACUCACUGGGUUUACCUUCGAUAAACGUAAUGUACCGAGGAGUUACAAACGCAAAAUAAAGAAAAUGGCGCAGUCCAUGACGCCGAGGAAAACAUGUCUUUUGGGAGAUAUGUGCAUUAUUUGUGGCUUUUCCUUUGUACUUAUUGAAAAAACAGCAGACGGAAAAGAGAAUAUUCACAAAUUUUAUGACACUAAGUUACGAUUAAAUAAGGAGAGAGAAGAGUGCAUAAAAAAAGUAACGGAAACUUCACUCGACCUCGGCCUCGAAAGUUGCACUAACGCAGGCAUCUGUAGAAAGUGCUGGAGGUCGGUCGAAAGUAUAAUCAAAACAGAGGAGAAAAAUAAUGCAGCAAAACAUAAACUUAGACAAAGCUUAGAUCAGGUAUAUAGAAAUCAUGUAUUGUCACUACCAUCUCCUAGACGGAAAUCCAUCACCAAAAGAAUGCUUCGGAGCCCAGACCCACCUGGAGACGCCAGUCGUCGGGCAAAAUCCCUUGUCACAGUGUCGUAUAUCUCGCCUGUUAAAUUGACCCCCUUUUGUGAGAUCGGGAAUAAGGAAGUCCCACAGCGGUGUGAGAUGCAGAGAACUAUUAACUUUAACAAAUGUAAAUGUUGCUGUAAACCAAACAGAUUCUAA